AGUACUCAUAAAACGGGUUCUUGCCAUUCCUUGAUGUGCUGCUCGCGAACGCCACGAAGAACGUGUUCGAGUUUUCAUCCGCCCAUGCAUAAGAUCUGUUUUGAGGACCCUCCUGAAGACUCUUGUCGUAUGCGAAAUAAUUGGAUCCGAAUCUGCUGUGCAUUUCAGUGGGUUUGAAUACAACCCACACCCAUCAACGGCUUCCCGCGCCUCACAUCCCAUUCCAUCCCAGAUAACGCCCCUCUCAUCCAUGGCGGCAAACCCACCCCCGCCAGCUCCUAAAAGAGACCGUGAAGAGGAUGCGGCGCCCCCUCCCAAAAAGACCCAUCUUGAAAGAGUCUCUGUGCUUGGUUUCCUUGGUAGCCCGGUUGACAAGACCAACAGAUACGAUUCGCUAUCUACGAUUGCAUUUGCCCUCCGAAAUCGGUCUUUUCAAGAAAUAGAGUUACUGUCCACACCUCCCGGUUCCGGCACUCUAUUUCCAGUGGUCGAUACAGAAGACCUAUAUGUUCGGCAAGCCUACAAGGACCUUUACCAAGAAGUUUCCAUGAAAUUUCAGGACAGUCCUAGGAAUAGGGCUCAGAAGCACGUUGUUGUCACUGGAACAUCAGGCAUUGGAAAAUCAGCCUUCCUCGUAUACUUCACCAUCCGACUUCUUGCUACAAGCAGUAACGACAACCCGCCUAUUGUGGUUUUCCAGGAGAAAGGGGGAUCCAAGUGCUAUGUAUAUGGAGGGCUAUCUACUCUACGCUAUGGAGACAUCGAGGAUUUUCGGCCCUUCCUCAAUCUACCCGAAACGUGGUAUUUAGUCGACAGCUCUCCAAACCCGCUGCUGGAGAGAGCAAGGACUAUUAUAUCAGCAUCGCCAAAGACACUACAUUCCGAGAUGAACCAAUAUCAGGAAGUCGACAAACGAGUACCGUGGCGUUACUACAUGGCCCCAUGGAUGCUGAGGAGUUAGAGCAAUGCCGGGACGGUGUUGAGGGCUUCAAAGUGGUUCCCAAGAACCUUAUGGAGGAACUCUACGGUAUGGUAGGCGGCGUGCCGAGAUAUGUCCUUGAAAAACCAAUGAAUGUACUGAACCUCGGUCCCGGUGAUACUGCUGGUGCCAAGAAGAGUGCGUGUGCACGCGUUUUGCAAGCCAUCGAUCUCGUCAGAGCUCCGCUGAGG